AAUAAUUAAUUAAUUAAUCAACCUGUUGAAUGAUCGUUGAUUUAGGAUGUUUGAAAAAUUUUACGAUUUGACUUUUUUUCUAUUCAAAAUUUGUCAUUCGAAAAAUGGUAAUUUCUAAGUUGCGAAAUCGCGACACAAAGCCAUAUUUACAUUUAUCACAUUCAUUCGGUUUUUAACGUUCUUAGUUCUUAUGGUUCUUAUUCAAAAACAUUCAAAACUCAAACAUAACCUACUAUAAAUCGUAAGUUAAUAAGAACCAAUGUAAAAGUAUUUAAAUACUAUCUUUAAAAAUUAAUAAAUAAGAAUGGCAAUGGCUGGUGUACCUGCUGAAGUUGAAGCUGAACAAAUUAAAUCUUUUAAAGAUUUCCUUACAUCGUACAAUAAAUUAUCAGAAGUUUGUUUCAUUGAUUGUAUAUCUGAUUUUACUUCACGAGAUAUUAAAGAAAAAGAAGAAAAAUGUGCUUUAAAUUGUAUGGAGAAAUAUUUAAAAAUGAAUCAACGAGUAUCUCAGAGAUUUCAAGAGUACCAAAUGAUUAUGAAUGAAAAUGCAAUGGCUAAUGUUAAAAAACUUGGCAUUUGUAAUUCCAAUUCUAAAAACUUUCACGAUCAAUCCCUAAGCAGCCUAAAUUAUAUGACAAACAUGAAGAAUUUAUCGAUUGGAAUGCAAUUAGACAACUGGUCAAUAAAAAUGACAUCAAAGAUCCAUGAUAUUAAUUAAUUAAUAAUUUGAUUU